CUCUCUUAUUUUAGUAUAUCUAUUAUUCGUGUAAAGCUCAAUAUAAAGUUAGUCUAUUACUUAUAGCUGCGUGAUAACUUGCACGUGCAAUAUACUUACAUUACUACUGAAGAAACGGUUAUCUUAAUAUAACUAUGAUGCCAUUACUCCUAAUAAUGACGAGACACCUACUGGCACAGAAACAGAAUAAGAAACGUCAAACGCCUGAGAUGAUGCAAGCAUCCGACACCAAGCUUGCAUCUGGUAAAUCUCAGAAGAGGGAAGGAUGGGAAGAGUCCAAACCACUGAUGCAUGGAUACAACUCACAAAUACGUAACCAAGACGUCAUUCACUGUUAUGAUGGUCCACUUCAGUACACUAUGGCUGAAGACAACCCCGAUGGCAUGACCAGCAUUCAAGUGGUUACGUCACUUUCACGUUCAAAGGAUGAUCUAAUUUCCGAGCUUCAGACAAAGCUGGAUCUUUGUCCCGUGGUGGACUUGGAAGAAGAGGAUGACGAAAGCACUCCUGUUGUUGCAUCAGACACUGAAAAGCUCAAGAACCAGGAAGAUGUUUCGCAUACUUCUUCAACAGUCACGGAUCCAGAAAGGGAGAAAUUGUCGCCCCAAGAAAAAAAUUCCCCACAUGCUCUAGUAAAGGACUUCUCAACAGUUUCAACCAAUGACGACCAGGAAGAAGCUUCGGUCAAAGAAGAUCAACUACAGAGUAAAGACAUUGGGGAAUUGGAGGAACUGCUCGAUGAUCUACCAGCAUUUGCCUUACAGCCAUGUCCUCAAGGAUUGACUGUCCAGUGUCAUAUAUCAAGAGAUAGAAAAGGGGUAGACAGGGGUCUUUUUCCUACAUACGUCCUGCAUCUGGAAAAGGAUGACGGUAAAAAGGUAUUCCUCCUAGCGGCCCGAAAGAGAAAAAAGAGCACAACUUCGAACUACUUAAUAUCUGUUGAUUCGACAGACUUAUCUCGAGGAGGAAGUUCAUUUGUUGGAAAACUCAGAUCGAACAUGUUUGGUACUUCCUUCACCGUGUUCGACAGUGUAACUGACCUCAAGGAAGGAAACGUUUCGGACAACCAGGCCAAUUCAAGAUGUGAAAUUGCUGCUGUAAUAUACGAAACCAAUGUGCUUGGAUUCAAAGGCCCUAGAAAAAUGACGGUCAUCAUACCUGCGAUGGACAGUGAACACAAAAGAGUAGAAACCCGACCAAUUUCAGAAGGUGGUGGUUUAAUAGAAAGCUGGAAGAACAAAAAUAUGGACAAUCUACUGGACCUACACAACAAAUUGCCUGUUUGGAAUAAUGAUACUCAUUCUUAUGUCUUGAAUUUUCAUGGCCGUGUUACUCAAGCAUCGGUCAAGAAUUUUCAGAUCGUGCAUCGCAACGAUGUGGAUUAUAUAGUGAUGCAGUUUGGCCGGGUUGCAGAAGACGUCUUCACGAUGGACUACAGAUUCCCGAUGUGUGCCCUUCAAGCCUUCGGGAUUGCUCUCUCUAGCUUCGACAACAAGUUGGCCUGUGAAUAAUUUGGUGGCAGACUCACUCUAGCCCUUGACUUUAUAGCUGUCUAGGGUCUCACUCUUGCACGUUUGUUGAGUGCAUAUAUAUAUAUAUAUAAGAUUGCAUAUAUCUAUACUGGUGUGCACUCUAUUGAUUUCUCCACAGACCUGUACACAAACCGAUAAUUUUACAAAGGAAUUGAAGUGUUUUGAGUUUGUUUUUCAUAAAAUAGCUGAUUCAUGGCCAGUCACAAAGUUUUCAGAAUACCUGUUAAAAAUGAUUAAAAUUUAAAGAUUUUUAAAGCUUGGAAA